ACUUACACUUGACUUAUUAAUUCCAAUUUCUUUUAUUGGUCUGUAGAGCUGUGUUGUGUUCCCUAUAGUCGCCGCCUUUUCCAUCUCUUUUGCUUUCGUUGCCCACCACUGCUCACGGUCGUUCCUUCGACUUUUGCUUAACCUAGAUCUGAUUUGUUUACGCUCUCCAUCGUGCUCAGAACCUGAUGGUAUGAGUUUACGAGAACCCAUCAGUGUGAUAGACCUUGAAAAAAUCCGUUGGUUCUUUGUAACCUUGUGGUUUAAAUUACUGGUAGAUGCCACUACUGUUUCCACAGCUGCUUGUAUAUCUCUCCAAGCUACAUCUGGGUCAGCCUCAUUUUCAGAACUAUCUAAGUGUGACCUUGUUUGUUCCUGGAACCUAAUUUUGGUUUUCUCGUUACUCAUUUCAGUUCUAGUGGGUCUUUUUAAUGUGACUUUCUUGCGUCCAGUGAGACGCAAGCAGAUGCGUGCUCGUAUUAGGGCAUGGUCGGAGUCCAAGCAGGUACUCCAGAAUGAGCGACAAUCUUCUACCGACCCUCUUCAACGAUGAAUGAUGGCAAUAUGGUGUAUUGGGGUCCAUCGAUAGUUUGGUGUAUGGGGUCGCCAUGUUAGACGAUGUAUCUUCUUAUGCUUAAAAUAGUGCUCUCUCCGAUGUCUCUGCUUAAAUUAGUGAUUACUAUAGAUAAACGAUUUUCUGAGGACAGUUGAGGAAGACGAUCACCAUUAUCUGUUCGCUGAGCCGGAAUACUAAAAUACGCACCUUAAUGCCUUUCUGUUUGGUUUAAACUACCGAUCUGGGCAUUCAAGUCACCUACUACGAGUACUAUGUCUGAACGUUUAGCUUUCUGAAGAAGUUCAGA